UCCUGUUCCUGUCGUGGGAGAUGGAAGGAGGAAGAGUAGAAGGACUUAAGGCCGAACAAAAGCUGAAUCUAGGACUUAGAAGAGGAAGAGAUCUCUGUGGAAACCAAGGUCAGGGAGCUCUCCAGCCAGUCUGGACCAGACUUGAUGAGCAACCUUAUUCAGGCUGGCAAGAUGUCAGGAAAGGAGGGUGUGCAGAAGAAAUGGGCAGCCCUGAAGGAAAAGCUGGGACCCCAGGAUGGAGAUCCCACAGAGGCCAACCUGGAGAAUGCCGAGCCCGAGCUAUGCAUUCGCCUCUUGCAAAUGCCCUCUGUGGUUAAUUACUCUGGACUGCGCAAGCGGCUAGAGAGCAGCGACGAUGGCUGGCUGGUGCAGUUCCUAGAGCAAAGUGGACUUGACCUGCUGCUAGAGGCUCUGGCCCGGCUGUCAGGCCGGGGUGUGGCAAGAAUCGCCGAUGCCUUGUUGCAGCUCACCUGCAUCAGCUGUGUGCGAGCUGUGAUGAAUUCCCAGCAGGGAAUUGAGUACAUCCUGAGCAACCAGGGCUAUGUGUGCAAGCUUUCUGAGGCUCUGGACACAUCUAAUGUGAUGGUCAAAAAGCAAGUGUUUGAGCUAUUAGCUGCUCUCUCCAUCUACUCCCCUGAAGGCCACAAGCAAACCCUGGAUGCCCUGGAUCACUAUAAGGUGGUCAAGAGCCAGCAGUACCGCUUCAGUGUAAUCAUGAACGAGCUCUCCAGCACAGACAAUGUUCCCUACAUCAUCACGCUGCUGAGUGUCAUCAAUGCCAUCAUCCUGGGCACAGAGGAACUCAGGGCCCGAACUCAGCUCCGGAAUGAAUUCAUUGGUCUCCAGUUGCUGGAUAUUUUAACCAAACUAAGAGACAUUGAAGACUUGGACCUUCUGAUCCAGUGUGAGACUUUUGAGGAAGCCAAGUCUGAGGAUGAUGAAGAGCUGCUCAGAAUCUUUGAUGGGAUUGACAUGAGCAGCCACCAGGAGGUCUUCUCCACUCUGUUUAAUAAGGUGAGCUGCUCCCCCAUUUCAGUCCAACUACUGUCUGUCCUGCAAGGUCUCCUACACUUGGAACCUGCCCAGCACUCAAGCUUGCUGCUAUGGGAAGCCCUGGAAAUCCUGGUGAACAGAGCGGUGCUCUUAGCCAGUGACGUCCAGGAAAGCAGCAUUGAAGAAAUAGUCGAAAGACUCCUGUCCAUGAAGAUGCGGCCUCAGCAGAGUCCCAAGAUCUGUAACCUGGUCAAGACAGCCCACAAGUGUAUUCAAACCAACCUGGAUAGAGCGGGCUCAUCACCGAAGGGGAGUCAGAAGGAAAAGGGCGCUAGACCAUUGUCUGAUAAUGGCACUUUAGAGACUGUUACAGCCUUCCAAAUGCAGACAGCCUCUGCUACCCCUGAGCUACAUACAUCCACUCCAGACCCAGCUGUAGUCCCCCAUGUUGGAAAAACCAGUAUUCCCCCACCACCUCCACCUCCCCCUCUGCCCAGCUUUUUAUGGGCCCCUCCUCCAGCCACUCCUAUGUCCAGUAAAACCAGUGUCCCUUCUCCUCCUCCUCCUCCACCACCUCCCCCUCUGCCUGGAAUGACAAGAACUCCCUCUACUACACCUCCCUGUCCCCCUCUGCCUGGUGUGGGUGGCAUCCCUCCCCCUCCCCCUCUGCCUGGCCUGGGUGGCAUCCCUCCUCCUCCCCCUCUGCCUGGCUUGGGUGGCAUCCCUCCUCCUCCCCCUCUGCCUGGCCUGGGUAGCAUCCCUCCCCCUCCCCCUCUGCCUGGCCUGGGUGGCAUCCCUCCUCCUCCCCCUCUGCCUGGCUUGGGUGGCAUCCCUCCUCCUCCCCCUCUGACUGGCAUGGCAUGUGUCCCACCUCCACCACCCCCUCUCUAUGGUGAAAUUCCUCCCCCUCCAAUGAAUGGCACUGAAGAAAUAAUAGUUGCCCAUGUGGACCAUGGUCUGGGCCUUGUAAGAGUUCCAAACCAUAGGAAAGUCAACCCUCCUACUCUGAGGAUGAAAAAGCUGAAUUGGCAGAAACUCCCUUCUAACGUGGUAAGAGACAGUCACUCCAUGUGGGCAUCAGUGAGCAGCCUGAGCAAUGAGACCAUGGAGCCUGAUUACAGCAGCAUUGAGCAGCGCUUCUGUUUCCCAAUCACAAAGCCCAAGGAGAAGGAGGCAGCACCAGUCAAGAAGGAGCCCAAAGAGAUUACAUUUCUAGAUGCCAAGAAAAGUCUUAAUCUGAACAUUUUUCUGAAGCAAUUCAAAUGCCCCAACGAGGAGAUCACAGACAUGAUCCGUAGAGGGGACAGGACCAGGUUUGAUGUGGAAGUUCUGAAGCAGCUCCUCAAACUGCUCCCGGAGAAGCAUGAAAUGGAAAAUCUAAAAUCAUUCCAAGAGGAGAAAGCCAAGUUAGCCAGUGCUGACCAGUUCUAUCUCCUCCUCCUGAAUGUUCCCAGCUACCAGCUGCGGAUUGAGUGCAUGCUGCUCUGUGAAGAGACAGUCAUCAUACUGGACAUGAUCAAACCCAAAGCUGAGGUCAUCCGUAAGGCCUGUGAGAGCCUCCUCACCAGUCAGCGCUUGCCCAUUUUCUGCCAACUGAUUCUCAAAAUUGGAAACUUCCUCAACUAUGGGAGUCAUACAGGAGAUGCUGACGGUUUUAAGAUUAGUACCCUGCUCAAACUCACAGAAACCAAGGCAAACCAGAGUCGUGUGACCCUGCUACAUCACAUCCUGGAGGAAGUGGAGAAAAAUUACCCUGACCUCCUGCAGCUCCCUAAUGACCUAGAGCACAUCUCCCGGGCUGCAGGGAUCAAUAUUGAUGUCAUCCACUCGGAAGCCAGCACCAACCUGAAGCAGUUGUUGGAGAUGGAGCGGAAGGUAUCUUCAGGGAUUCCUGAGGUACAGGAGCAGUAUGUGAAGCCCCUCCAGGACAGCAUCUCAGCCUCCAGGGAAUUAGAGGAAGAAUUUAAAGUCAUUGAGAGGCAGAAGAUUAAGCUGGCUGACUACCUUUGUGAGGAUGCUCACAAGCUCUCCCUGGAGGACACAUUCAGCACCAUGAAGACAUUUCGAGAACUUUUCAUCAGAGCCCUGAAGGAGAACAAGGACUGGAAAGAGCAGGCUGUGAAAGCAGAAAAGAGGAAAAAGCAGCUGGAAGCUGAAGAAGCCAAAAGACCCCGGGGGGAAGAUGGCAAGAUAAUUCGGAAAGGAGCUGUGAAACAGGAGGAAGUGUGUGUCAUCGAUGCUCUCCUGGCUGACAUCAGGAAAGGUUUCCAGCUGAGGAAGACUGCCAAGGGCAAAGCAGACUCAGAGAAUGGCCUAAAAGCUGCCCCUCCUGAAACCUCAAAGGAAAAAGAAGCUGUCAUAAAGGACACUGGCAGCAGUACCAACUCUGGGCAGGAUUUUGACCUUGCUGCCGCUAUUGGAGAGACCUCGGACCAGGACAACCCAGACGGUCCUGGGUCUACAGGUGGAAUUCCCAAAGGACACUCUGAAGUCAGUGGCUCUGGCUGCCGAAACCCAGAAGGCAACAAAGUCUCCACCCCAAUGGCUGGCUUUCCUGAUGACCCUCAUAUGAUACAGUUUGAUGACUCCAAGUCUCUGAAGCCCAUCAAGUUUUCCAGUGGCUCUUUCUCUGGGGGCACGAACAUGGGCAGUGAGGUUGAUGCCACUAGAACAGGAGAUCAAGCUUCAGAGCACCAGGCUGACAGAACAAGUGAGGGACCCAAGAAUGGUUUUCAGAGGUCAGAGGAAGCAGAGUCAACUCCUCCAGAGGGGGAAGAAGAAGAGGAGGAGGAAGACACAGCCCCAGACUCAGUGCUAGACACAUCUCUGGACAGGUCUUUCUCUGAAGAAGCUAUUACUGAUUCCUCAGGCUCUGGGACCCUCCCUCGAUCCCAGGAGCGGACCAAGAAGGGAUCUGGGAAACGGAGGAAGAAGCGGCAUUCUAGGAGCCAUGAAGGUAAUUUCUGUCUAUGUCCCUCACCACUAAGUCAAAGUGGCUUAUGGUGGUUCUUCUUGUCCUGGUAUGGCCAUGUGGUACCUGGUCUUCCUGGGGCAUCUAGUGAUGCUCAGCCAGAAUACAGCCCUAUCUCUACCCUUAGAUUGAGAUCAGACCCCAGCCAGCCCUCCCACAAACACAUCUUUAGUGACAAAAGACCAUACUUAAGUGAGUGUGAAUGGGGGGAUGGGGGGGGGACAACAAGAUGGCUCAGUAGAUUGAGAGCCAGGCCUAGAGAUAAGAAGUCUUUGAUCCUCAAGACCUCAGACAUUUCCUAACUAUGAGACUCUGUGGACAAGUCAUUUAAUGGAAGCAUUGCCUAACCCUUACCACUCUUCUGCCUUGGAAUCAAUACAUGUAUUGAUUCUAAGAUAGAAGAUAUGAAUUUCUUUUUUUUUUUUUUGAGAGAGAGAGAAAGAGUGAGUGUGUGGGUGGGUGGGAAUCUCAGUUAAGCUGAUUCACUCCCCCUUGUGAGUUAGCUAGGUGGCACAAUGCUACACUUGGAGUCAGGAAGAUCUGAGUACAGAUCCUACCUCAGGCACUUACCUGAGCAAGUCACAUAACUUCUCUUAGCCUCAGUUUUCUCUUCUAUAAAAUGGGACUAAUGAAAGCACCCCUUUCCCAGGGUUGUUGUGAGAAUCAAAUGAGAAAUUGGCAAAUCUUAAAUGACUAUAGAAAUACUAUUUGUUAUUAUUUUCAUUUUCACACAUGAAGGACAAUACCACAACUAAUAUUAAUUCUUACCUUCAGUCACGUUCCCCUUAUCUCUCAGGUAAGAAUUCUUGGCUGAAAUUCUCUUAUCUCACUCUAGGUGGGAAGGGACUGUACAGAUGCAAGCAAGUGCGAGCACACGCUUGCGCACACACACACACACACACACACACACACACAGAGCUCUGGGUUCUAACCCAUCUCAGACACUUCCCUAGAUCAGUUUCCUCAUUUGUAAACUGAAAAUGCCAAUGUACUCUAUUCACCACUUCACUCACGGGAUUAUUGCUAGCCUCAGGUGCCAGGUAAGGUGCUUUCCAAAUCUCAGUGUAUAUCCAGGACUGACUCAUUCACCAACCUAUAUAAAUAGCAGUUCCUAAUUUCCUAGGCUGGAAAAAAAAAAAAACCUUGAGCUAUCCACUGGGCCAAGAACUAGCAGCCAUUAGGGAAAUGUUUAUCGACUUAUUAUUGAACCAUGUAGAGCAGAGGUGCCCAUAACACUCCAAGUACUGCCUGAGCCAGAUUAAAAUGGGAUAGAAUAAAAAUCAAAUAAAACAUAGAUAACAUUACAUGUUAAAAUUAAGUCAAUCCAUAGCCAGCAAGGAUGCUUAUAUGAGGAUUUGUGACCCCAUUUCUAUUUGAGUUUAACAUCACUGGUGUAGAGUCCAUCUUUUCUCCUCCAUGUCCCUGUCCUCUAGGAGUUCCCCUUCUCAGACAGACAGAACUACGGGUACCCUUUUUUUUUGGCUCUGUGUGACAAGGUAUCUCAUGUGUCUUUUAUUCAAAAGCAGAGGUUGAUUCUGAUUCUGGAGAUGUUAAAACAAAAUGGCCUUGUGUAGUCCAGUAAGGUAGGUAUGUGGCCAAAGAUGCUUCUUGUCGACUAACCUGGGUGGCCAUGGUUGGGCCGAUGCUCUCCCCCCAGUCCUGUGUCGACAACUCUUCUCUAAUGUGGUGCUUCUCUCCUGGGAGCUGGCAGGCUUCUCUGCUAGUGGCAGACAUGUUGUUAGUGGCCAGUUGGACUCUUCUUCCCUGCCCGUCCCCCUCCUUCCUUAUCUUCUCCCCUUUCUUCCUCCCCAGAUGAGGAAAGAUUGCUGGUUAUCUUAAAAUGUCAACAUUCCCAUGUUAAGGUAACCAUUGGUCUUGCUUUUGCUGACUGUGCCUUUCCUGUACUGGGGCAGAUGCAACUCCAGUCCAUCAAUAGGCUAGUCUUUCUCUCCUAGCCUAUUACUGCUAAGCUUUAUUGAAUGGAUUCACUACAAGGAAACUGAGACCUCAAGAGGUCAAGACUUGCCCAGGGUCACAGAAGUGAUAGGUAGCAAGGCCAUGAUUUCAACUCAGGUCCUUUAAAUCCAAACCUAGUGAUUUGUUCCACUAAAUACUCAAGAUCUGGGUUUGAACCUCAGUGCUGAUACUGACUGUGUGACCUUGGGAAAGUCUUUUUCCUUUCCUAAGACUUAUUCUUCUCAGUGAAAUAUAGGGGCAGGAUUCAGUGAUCUCUGAGGUCCCUUCCUAUCCUCCUAAGAAGGGGACAUAAAACAAUCCAAGGCUGAAUGAAAUUACACUCAGAUUUUUGCUGGAAAUUUGUGAAACCAUUUGUGCAGGCUAAAGCAGAGUUGGAGGUGCGUAGACCCUGAGCAGUGUCCUUGUGUCCUUUUCUCCCUGGCUGAGGUUCCCACUAACGAGUCUUUCCCUACUGCAGUCCACCCUGUUCCCCCUUAGGAUGUGGACAGUUCAGUGGCAUGAGGAUGGAAAGAAAAGGAGAAUCCUUCUUAACAAAACUAUCUAUUCUUCUUCCUUCCCUACAGGUCUCAGGCCCAAGCCCAAAGCCAAAUAAGGAAGACUGGAGACAGAGGCUGACUUCAUGCAUGUCCUCUGCUGCAGUGGACUCCUGGGGCUGAGGACACUUGUACCACAGGGGAGUGGGGUGGGAGGGCAGAUGCAGCGUUUCAGGGACAGAUACUUCUCUUCCUUGGAAGUUCCAGGCUGGGGACUAGAGACCCUAGAUCUCAGUGCCUUACAUCAGUGGGACCCAGGGCAAUGUCUACUAAGCUUGCUAAACAGUGGUACCCCAGACUUGGGAGGAGGCGGUGGACAGAACUUGCCUUGGAUCCGCAGGACGACUCCUGGCAGCUUCUUUCCGGUUUGGAUGACAGCUAGAGAUGAAUGCUCUAGCCUCCAUCUUGUUUGGAUGGUGGGAUCCAUCCCAGACUCAUUAUGGCUCAAUUAAACCAGCAAGCCUAUCCAUACCCCAGACCAAAGCCCAGGGUCCUCCAUAUCCCCUCCCAAUCACUAUCUUUUUCAUAAGUUCUCCUGGGAGGCAAAGGUUUUGGGGACAGAUGUGAUACUGAAUGUUGAUGUUUGAUAGGACAAGCUGUCCAAUGAGUUUCCACGUGCAGUGGCAAUGGGGCAGUUAAAAGAUUUACUAGUUUCACGAGAUGCCUCUGACCUUCCUGGUUAUAACAAUCCUAGCUUUUACCCCGUGGCAUGUAUUGCUUUGUAAAUAGUCAUUCCUUUGGAAAAGAAAUAACAAAUAACUCUCAUAUCUAUAGUGCAUUAAGGUUUACAGAGCACUCCCCACAACAGCCUUGUGAGGGACAAAGUGCAAGUAUUAUUCCUGUUGGGCAGAUGAGGAAACUGAGGCUCAGGGAGAGUAACUGAAUUCUUGAGGAUUGCCCUAAAUUAGAGGUGGAUUUUGAUGGGUAAGCCCCCAUUUUCUCCACCAGCCACUGCUUUCUUGGAUCAUUUGACUGAUCUGGAUGCCGUCUAAGACUGGUGGAGCCAGGAGCCAAGGUCCUCUUUAUUAUUAAAAAAAAGGAUGGAGUGGCAUGGAGAGGCAAGAGUAGUUAGGAGAUGGGGAUUAGAGAGAUCUGACACCCCAUUCGGAUCGAGUUCCAUCCAACCUAGAACUAAGACUUCCUUCACUACCUUUCCUGCCCUCUUUCCAUCAUCUCUCCCAGCUGGCACUGUUGAGACAUUGAACAGCAAAUUUCAUUUUUUUAAAUUCAGAGCAACUGGAUGUGGAAGCCUCAGUUGAUGGAAAGACAUUGAACAUAUGAAAGUCAAUAUCCAGUCUCUCUAAGGAAGAGUUAGAGGGAUUGGGGAAGAGACUGGUAGGGGGAACAGAGUCUGAAUGUGGCCUGAUGUUUAGAGUUCCAUGUCUGUGGCCCACACCACACUGGCCACAUAUUCCUCCAAAAUUGUUCUAAGAAAUAAAAAUGUUUACCUCUUCCUUUA